AUGCUUGCCGACGUUGAUGUGCUGCUUCUCGAUAUCGAGGGCACCGUUUGUCCCAUAUCUUUUGUCAAGGAUGUCUUGUUCCCGUAUGCACUACAAGCACUCCCAGGAGUCCUAGACGAGCAAUGGGAUAGCCCAGCCUUUGCGCCGUAUCGUGAGGCUUUCCCGGAAGAGUAUCGCAACGAUCGCGCUGCCCUUGAGGCUCACGUCAAGGAUCUAGUCGAGCGUGAUGUAAAGGCUCCUUAUCUCAAGUCACUUCAAGGCCACCUGUGGCGGCACGGCUACGAGACUGGGGUGCUCAAGGCUCCUCUAUUCGAGGAUGUCUCACCCUUCAUCAAGUCUGCACACUCUGCAGGCAAACAAGUCAUGAUCUACUCCUCCGGCUCAGUCCCUGCGCAAAAGCUCUUAUUCGGCCAUACGACGGCUCAUCCGUCCGAUAUGAUGCCCUUCAUAUCGGCGUGGUUCGAUACCGUGAAUGCAGGACCAAAGACGGAGGCUGAAAGCUACAGCAAGAUUCUUUCGACCGUUCCGCAGACGAAGCCUGGUCGUUGGCUCUUCUUGAGUGACAAUAUGAAGGAGGUUGAUGCCGCACGAGCCGCCGCAAAGCCCGAUAUGUUGCGGCACGCAUUUAAUCCCUGCAAUGACAACGGCAGCAUGCGGUAG